AUGUUAACAGAUCAAUCAGCAAUCAUCCAUCAACACGAAAAUAACAGUAAUCACGACCAACAAUUAAGUACUAGAUCAAAAUCUACCUGCAACAAGCCAUCAUCUACACCUAAUUCAAUUAACAAUAAUAAUUCAUCUGCAAAAACAGCAAAUACAAAAGUCACCAAACAUUCUUGUAAUUGGCCUGAUUGUUCUUGGAGUUUCAAAAGACUUGAACAUCUUAAACGUCACAUGAUCACUCAUACUGGUGAACGCAAAUAUACUUGUAUCCAUCCAGGUUGUGGUAAAAGAUUCGGUAGAUCGGAUAACUUUGCUGCUCACAGUAGAACUCAUUAUAAAAAUGAUUUAAAUGGUAUAUCGAUGCAAUUACAUCCUCUUAAUCAUCAUCCUCAUCAUCCUCCUAUUCAUUCUCACUAUCAUCAUCCUCAUAAUCAACAUCACGGAAAUUUAGGUCCAGAGAUUAAAAUUGAACAUCAUGACAACAAAUGGUAG